AUGUCACAGAAGAUAAGCAUCAUACCACCAGAACCGAUCACUUUAAUCAAUAAUGAAACCACAAAUGCUUAUGAUUCACAAUACUCCAAGACUCUGAGUACUAAUGGCCUAGCUCUUUAUAAGGUCACUGUGAGUGAUUGCACUAUUGUAAAGGGAAGUAACGGUGGUGAAUUUGCCGUAUGGAAGGUUACUGUAUUAUUAACAAAAGAAGAUUCUUCAAGUAGCCAAGAAGAUAAUAAUAAUGUUUUACAAGAAAUGAAUUAUAGAAAAAUCCAAGUAUAUCGAAGGUAUUCUGAUUUUGAAUUAUUUCGUAAACAAAUCAUAGAUAGGCUAAAAGAACAGCAGCAAGUGGGGAAAGUAGUUAACCUACCAAGUCUACCACCGAAAGUCCCAUGGUAUGAUCUUUGGAAAUAUCAAGAUAUAAAUCUAGAUAAGAAAUGGCUGAACAAUAGACAAAGGGGGCUAAACCAUUUUCUUAACCAUAUAUUAUUAGAUGUUGAAAUACGGAGGGUAUCCAAGGAUAUUAUUAUUAAAUUCUUAAAUCGUUAG